AUGGCAGUUGCGGCGUUUGAGGUCAGACGACAGAAGCAGCAGCAGCAGCAGCAGCAGCAGCAGCAGCAGCAGCAGCAGCAGCAGCAGCAGCCAGGCCAGACAACAGCAGCAGCAACCGUGCCGCCGGCUGCCUCGAGCCCUGCAGCGCCGCUGGCGUCGCCCUUUGCGCCAGCGGCCGCUGGGGCCCCACGUGUCUCUGAUGCCUCCUCUUCCAGCGGCGCCGGCCCUAUUGUGGGCGCCAGUGGGGGGGGCGGCUCUGGCGGCGCGGGGCAAGCGCUGGAGGGUGUGGCGCAGGAGCUGUAUCGCGUGCUGUUUUUCAUGGUUUACUCACUGGAGGUCACGGCAAUCAGCUGGCUGCCCUACCUGG